GAAAAUCUUAUCGAAAGUUCUCUGCUUCGAUUCUGAGCACUCCAGUGGGUGCCAGGAGCUCUACGAGGCCCCCGGCGGUGACUAGGUUGCCGCCUGUUUGGCCGGAUCCCGCUGCCGCCGGUUCGGCCGGAUCCCGGCGGCAGCGGAGGAGGCUCAAGAAGAAAACUAUGAUGUGCAGGUCGGGGCAGGAUGCUGUCCUUGGGGAGCCUGUCGGGCAGACCCCAAAGGCUGAUCAGGAUGUUGAUCAUGAGUCAUCUUGUUAUCACAGGUCCAGUGUUGAUCAUGGCGCCUCUGAUUUUCAUGUUGGGAGCUCUUCAUCUAGGCGAGUCCAGUUUGAUGAUCGGCCUUCAGUGGUUUCUUAUGAGAUACCCCUUCAAGCGAGGCUGCGUCCCAUAUCGAGGAGGCCGAAGAAGAAAACUAUGAGUUGCAGGUCGGGGCAUGAUGCUGUCCUUGGGGAACCUGUAGGGCAGACCCUACAGGCUCAGCGUGUUGAUCAUGAGGUAGCGCACGUGGGUUCGCACGUUCCUGUUCCUGCUCAGACGGCUGCUCCUGUUAAGUCGGCAACUGAUGUUAAGAUGUCGGAGGUGGAGAAGGAGAACGAGGUUGUGGCGGGGGGUGGGGGCGCUCGUGCUGCAGGCAGAAGUGGAGGGGGAGUCAGUGUCGACAUUGCGGAGUUACUGCGGAGCCAGUUCUCGGCGAUGAAACAAGAUAUGCAACAGAGGCUGCAGUUGGGAAUUGAAAGUUCCGAGGAGGAUGAUUCGCAACAAGAGGGUCCUCAGAGUUCUACUUCCAGGAGUGCAUUGACGCGGAGCGGCAAGAAGCAUCGGAAACGGCGCAGAUGAUGCACAUGUGAUUGAUCCUGCACGCUUGAUUUGUCAUUGCGUUGCCUUUCUUCAUGCCUGUGUGUGUUGUCGUGCGUGCGCGUGUGUUGAAUAAGAGCUUCGCUUGAUCCCUCAAAGUAGGUCAUUCGUUGCUUCCUUGAUUUGAGUGCUCAUUGACCUUUGAACGUGACUUUCCGUGAUUUGUCACGUGGUGCCUCAAAGUAGGCCUUUGAUCUGGUCGACACUACGGUGGCGCAAAUUCGUUGUUGUGUUUCACGUGCAGGGUCUUUCAGUGGUGCUGAGCCGGUAAUCGCUAUAUGUGGUUACUGCAUGGUCUCGCAUUGCUUUGAAGUGUACUCGUCCUUAUAGUUGUUAGUUUUGUGUUUGUCUCAGUGGUGUUGAGACGGUAAUCGCUGUAUAAACCAGGGGUUACUGUAUGGUCUCUCACUGCUUUUAUUUUCAGUGGUGCUGAGACGGUAAGCGCUAUAUGUGGUUACUGCAUGGUCUCGCACUGCUUUGCUUCCUUCUUUUUAUUCUUAUUUGUCUUCUCGCGUAUUGGCAGUCUUGUGCAUAUCUGUACAGCUUCGCUUUUUGAUGCACCUCUGCUUUAAUCUUUGCAGCUUCGCUGUCUUCCUGUACAGCUUCGCUGUUUAGGUUCUUUGUCUUUAGGCCUGCUCCCAUGGGAGCUCGAACCGGCCUUCGCAAAAGACGCGAAAAAGACCAGGUUGUUGCGGACAGGUUUUCUGUGCACACACGUAUCGUACUCCACUGUACAUCUCGUGUACGGGCCGUCCCAUAUCUUCGGGUACUUCGUCGGCUGCGACGACCUCCUCUCCGUGGGCCUACAGACGAUCGGUGCCAGGUUCUCUGUUGGUGCCAAGUGGGACAGCUCCUAUUGGAGCAGGUGCAUAGGCCGCCUGCUCUGAUUGUACUCGUUGCAUUUGUUAUCUUGUACUUCCAGGCCGCUUGCUUUGUACUUGUUGCAUUGUCUGCUUGUACUUCCAGGCCGCUUGCGUCUGUAUUUGCUGCAUUUGUUAUCCUGUACGAGUUGCUCUCAGCACGUAUCCAGUUUUGACUCUAGUUGUAGUUCGAGUUUCUUCAGUACUUUGACAGUUUUGCGACAUCGGAGUAUCUUGAUAUUGAGGUCUUUGGGCAUCCGAUUUCAUAUUUCGCCUCGAGUGAAGUUCAGAAUUCAUUGUACUUGAUAUUGAGGUCUUUGAUGUUGAGGUCAUACGUCGCCUCGAGUGAAGUUCAGAACUCAUUGCACUUGAUUUCCACAUACUGCGAGUUAGAACUAUUGUGAUUUGUCAUUGCGUUGCCUCUAUUCAUGCCUGUGUGUGUUGUCGUGCAUGCACGUGUGUUGAAUAAGAGCUUCGCCUGAUCUUCACUUUGUUCGGAUAAGAGCCCGCAUUCGCUCUAAGUAGUGGUGGGUGUCCUGGCUCACUCUGUAUGUUGCGCGUGUAAUUCGUUAUCUAGUCCACAUUUCGACGUUGUGUUUCACGUGCAUGGUCUUCCAGUGGUGCUGAGACGGUAAUCGCUAUAUGUGGUUACUGCAUGGUCUCGCAUUGCUUUGAAGCGCACUCGCUAUUUUAGUUCUCUUAGUUUCGUGUUUGUCUGAGUGGUGUUGAGACGGUAAUCGCUGUAUAAACCAGUGGUUACUGUAUGGUCUCUCGCUGCUUCUAGCUUUGCUUCCAUAUCUAUGGCCUGCAUUGCUUCACUCAUUAUAUUGUUAGUUGUUUUCUCGUGUACUUGCAGUCUUGUGCAUUUCUGUACAGCUUCGCUGUUUGAUGCAUCUCUGCUUUAAUCUUUGCAGCUUCGCUGUUUAGGUUCUUUGUGUCCUGGCCUGCUCUCCAGGGAGCUCGAAUCGGCCAGCGCAGACUCGCAGGCCAGGUUGACGGUUCACCGCGGCGCCAGUAUUAUGUCCAAAGAAUUGGCAGAGAACGAAUAGUAACUCGUAGAGCUUCCCUUCGCUAGUUGCUGGAAGCUUUAGAGUAAUUCCGGCGCGCUGGAGAGCUAGUUGGCAAGAAAAAUCUCGACGGACCUUCUGGUGACUUUUGCUCGGUUGAAAAUUUUGUUCUCGAAAUUCAACCAUUCG